AGAGUGACUGGGCGGCUGGACCCGGGGGCGGGGCCUGGCCGCGGUGGGCAGUUGUUUUCACCCGGGCGGCGGUGCCUGGGCGCUCAGCCUGGGGCUCGGCGUGCCCGGGCGCGGCGUGGGGAAGCUGGGCCCGGAGCGGCGCGGGAGGUGGCAGCGUUCGGGUCGUCUGCCGCCGCCGUGAUGUCCGCUGAGUGCUGUGCAGGCCAGCUGGCCUGCUGCUGCGGCUCCGCCGGCUGCUCCCUGUGCUGUGGCUGCUGCCCCAAGAUCCGCCAGUCCCGGAGCACGCGCUGCAUGUAUGCGCUGUACUUCAUCCUGGUCGCCGUGCUCUGCUGCAUCAUGAUGUCGCACACCGUGGCCAACGAGAUGCGGCGGCAUAUCCCGUUUUUCGAGGACAUCUGCAAGGGCAUCCGGGCCGGCGACAAGUGCGAGCUGCUGGUGGGGUACUCGGCGGUGUACCGCGUCUGCUUCGGCAUGGCCUGCUUCUUCUUCGUCUUCUGCCUCCUGACCUUGAAAAUCAACAAUAGCAAAAGCUGCCGGGCCCACAUUCACAAUGGCUUUUGGUUCUUCAAGCUGCUGCUGCUGGGGGCCAUGUGCUCGGGGGCCUUCUUCAUUCCGGACCAGGAGACCUUUCUCAACGCCUGGCGCUAUGUGGGAGCCGUUGGAGCCUUCAUCUUCAUCUUCAUCCAGCUCCUCCUGAUCGUGGAAUUUGCACACAAGUGGAAUAAGAACUGGACCGCGGGCACAGCCAGCAACAAGCUGUGGUACGCCUCACUGGCCCUGGUGACUCUGAUCAUGUACUCUGUGGCCACUGGGGGCUUGAUCCUGAUGGCGGUGUUCUACACGCAGAAGGACGGCUGUGUGGAAAACAAGAUCUUCCUGGGUGUCAACGGAGGCCUCUGCGUGCUCAUUUCCCUCGUAGCCAUCUCGCCCUGUGUGCAAAACCGACAGCCGCACUCUGGGCUGCUGCAGUCGGGCCUCAUCAGCUGCUAUGUCACAUACCUCACCUUCUCGGCGCUGACCAGCAAGCCCGUGGAAGUCGUGCAAGACGUGCAUGGGAGGAACAUGACCAUCUGUGUCCCCGACUUCGGCCAGGACUUGUACAGAGACGAGAACCUGGUUACGGGCCUGGGCACUGCCCUGCUCAUCGGCUGCAUCCUGUACUCAUGCCUGACGUCCACAACAAGGUCCAGUUCUGACGCGCUGCAGGGCCGGUAUGCGGCCCCCGAGCUGGAGGUGACCCGCUGCUGCUUCUGCUUUGCUCCUGACGGGAAGGACACGGAGGAGGCCGGCAGCGUGAAGGAGGGGCCGCGCGUCAUUUACGACGAGAAGAGGGGCACGGUGUACAGCUACUCCUUCUUUCACCUGGUGUUCCUGUUGGCCUCCCUCUACGUGAUGAUGACCGUCACCAGCUGGUUCAACUAUGAAAGCGCCAACAUCGAGACGUUCUUCAGCGGGAGCUGGUCCAUCUUCUGGGUCAAGAUGGCCUCAUGCUGGAUGUGCGUGCUGCUCUACCUGUGGACGCUCGUGGCCCCACUCUGCUGCCCCACACGGCAGUUCUCCGUGUGAGGGGCUGCACAGGAACCGCCCUCCAAAAAGUGGCCCUCUGCCCUGGUCUGAGCGGUGCCUGGCCCCUGUGGAAAGCUCACAGCCCCCAUGCCCACCACACACACCCCC